AAUUAGAUUCUUCAUAAUGAAGUUUUUGAAGCUUAUUAAAUUACAGAAACAGACAAGAACAAAUUAACAUAUUUGUCCUGUCUCGGAUCAUUAAAAUGUUGUCUAAUGCGUUUUCUCUCUUCAUCACAUGUUCUUCACUGUAUUUUUCAUGUAAAUGUGAAAAAAAUGAUUAAUUAUGACAGACAAAUGUUGAAAUUUGUUGAAAACUUAAAUCAGUUGAAAUUGUAGGUGAAAGAUAUUGGUCAGCUGAACAGAUGUGCUUAUUUGAUACAGGAUAUGUGUAAAUUUGGAUGAUUGGUUUCUUUUCCCAUUGUUUGUAGAAUUUUUUGAAAAGAUGAAUAUUGCGGCUUUCGUGGUUUUAUUCUUCUCAUUUUCGUGCGUAUGUGGGGAGUUUAUUAAGAUGUGUUACUACAGCGCCUGGGCUGUGUACAGAGACGGUCCCCAAGCUCUGAUGCCGGAGGACAUUGACGCCCAUCACUGUACUCAUCUAGUCCUGGCUUACGCUACAAUAGACGAUACAGGCAAACACGUUGUGUUUCCCAACGCCUAUGAGAACAUGCAUUUUCCUGAGAGAAUGAACGAAUUGCGGGAUCAUAACGAGGAUUUGAACAUGGUCCUGUCCGUCGGCGGAUGGAUGAUGGACAGCGAAGCCUGGUCAAAUGUGGUUAAAACCAAGGAAACAAUGGACGCCUUCGUCUCAGAGGCCAUCACUUUCCUUCGCUUUCAUGACUUUGAUGGGAUCGAUUUAGACUGGCAGUAUCCCUCAUUCAGGGGUAGCAGUGCGCAUGAUCGAGCAAAACUGGUGGAACUCUGUGAGCGUUUCAGACAUGGGAUUGAGACAGAAUCGGAACCUGAUAGUAAAUGGCACCUGUCGUUCUCACUGUCUGUUGACCCCUCCGCUUACCGUGUGAUGCACUCCUACGACCUCAAAAAGUUAUCAAAGGAAAUCGAUUUCUAUAACUUGAAGACCUAUGACCUUCACGGUCACUGGAGUGAACCCCUGACAGCAGAUCAUCACAGUCCUCUGAUUGGUGGAGAAAAUCCAAACAAAGAAACAAAUUAUGGCGUGAAUGAGUUAGCCAGAGAAUGGGUUUUGUCUGGAGUACCUCCUAACCAGAUUGUAAUAGGUCUGUCUUACUACGGUCGCUCCUUUAAGCUGAAGAAUUCCAACUACACAAUGCCGGGGGCACCUGCCAUGGGUCCCGGGUCUGACGGAGGGGAAGGGAUUCCUGUUAAUAAAAUUUGUCACUUAAUACGUAAUGGCGUAGAGGAGAGAUAUAUCCCAGAGCAGCGGGUCCCAUAUUACGUUAUUGAGGACGAGUGGGUUGGAUUUGAUAAUCCAAGAAGCAUCCGAGAAAAGGCACAACUUGUUGCUAAAAACCACCUUGGUGGAAUAGCCAUGUGGACAAUGGAUCAAGAUGACUACAAUGGUGUCUGUGGCGAGAAAUGGCCGCUAACGUUUGCUGUUAUCCACGGACUUGGUCCUCGAGAAUACGUAGACUAUGUGUCUGCAAAACAUGGGUCUUUAGUAGGUUUACUGAAUAAGAAAUUACAACAUGCUAACAGGGAAAUGGCAUACUAUCAAGAAGCUUUUGAUCACAAAAACGCAGCGAAGAAGGAGAGGGAAGUAUCCCGUUACACAAAGCAGUUGGCGGAAAUGCAGGCUCAACAGUCCAAGUUCUGGUCUCAAGUUCAAGGUCAAGCAACUCGAGGAGGCAGUCCAAUGCCUCCCAUUGAUAAACCGUCAUGGACAAUAAAUGAAUUCACCAUUGUGGUAAUGCUUACCAAUUAUAGAACCAUGAUCCGCGCCUGUCUUCUUGUCGUUUUGUUUACUCUGACAGAAAUCCAUGGAGAAUUCAUUAAGAUGUGUUACUAUAGCGCCUGGGCUCUAUACAGAGACGGCGACCAAGCGCUGAAGCCGGAGGACGUAGACGCCUUCCACUGCACUCAUCUGGCCUUAGCCUACGGCACUAUCGACGACACAGGCAAGAGAAUCAAAUUUCCGGAUCUGUUUGAAGAUAUGCACCUGCCUGAGAGAAUGAACACCUUACGUGACCAUAACGAGGACCUGAACAUGGUUCUGUCCGUGGGAGGCUGGACAAUGGACAGCGAAGCCUGGUCCAACAUGCUCAGGUCUAAAGAGAACAUGGAAGAGUUCGCAAGGGAGGCCACUAUAUUCCUCCGGUUCCACGACUUUGACGGCAUUGACCUAGACUGGCAGUACCCAGCCUUCAGAAAAAGCUCGGCGGAAGACAGGGAGCGAUUUGCCGACUUCAUGGAGAUAAUGCGGCACGCCAUAGAGACAGAACACGAGCCUGAUAGUAAAUGGUCAUUGUCCCUCUCUCUUUCUGUGGACCCCAGCGCCUACAGGGUCAUCAACUCGUAUAACCUCAAAAGGCUGGCCAGGCAAGUGGAUUUCUUUAACCUGAAGACGUAUGAUCUACAUGGACACUGGGAUGAACCUCUGGCCGCCGUCCACCAUAGUCCACUGUCACAUGCUGAGAGCCCUAUCAAUGUUAAUACAUUGGCCAGGAGUUGGGCAGAAGCAGGGGUCCCGAAGAACCAGCUGGUCUUAGGUAUUCCUUAUUAUGGUCGUUCAUAUAGACUCCGAAACCCUAACAUUACCAUGCCGGGGGCACCUGCUAUAGGGCCAGGCUCUGACGGAGGGGAGGGGAUACCCGUCAACAAGAUAUGCCAUAUUAUAAGAAGUGGCGUCGAAGAACAAUACAUACCAGAACAAAAAGUGCCAUACUAUGUAAUGGGGGAUGAAUGGGUCGGAUUUGAUAAUCCAAGAAGUGUACGGGAAAAGGCGAUGUUGGUUGCUUCAAAUCACCUUGGUGGUGUUGCAUUAUGGACACUAGAUCAAGAUGAUCAUCGAGGUGUCUGUGGUGAAAAAUGGCCAAUUACAUUUGAAGUAAUUCACGGUCUUGGGCGAGCAGAAUAUGUAGAUUAUGUUGCAGCCAAACAAGAAUCACUGCGCACACUCAUCAACCAUAAGAUCGUCCAUACUUCCAAAGAAAUCGGUUACUACUCUGAUACUCAUAAUCAUACAAUGGCUGCCAGAAAAGAAGCUGAACUGGCACAACUUUCCAAUGAAUUAGCCAUUCUCCAAGAUCAGCAACAAAAACAGUGGAGGCAAGUACAAGCUGCAGCAACUUUAGGCGGGAAGCCAAUGCCACCUCUAGAUAAACCAUCAUGGACAAUAUGAUCUUAUUUUUUUUUCUUAAUUUGCGAAAAAUUGUUGUGAUUCUUUGUUGUAAUGUAAACACAGGUUUGUUCUUUUCAUGAUGCUAUAAUCAUGAAACAUAAUUUAUUUUUCUGCUUCUAACGUGACAAUUUUUCGACAUAUGUUCAGACAUUUUCUAAAGUUCGAUUAGAAAAAUGGUACGAUUAUUUACUCAUGAUUUUCAACGGACUUUAAUGACAUAGUUCUAGAGUCAUUUUAGAGACGGGUUCAGACAAUCCUGAUUAUACGUUCUAUUUAACGAAAGAUCUUUUGUUUGAGAUCAUACUUCAACUGAAGAUGAAAUAAAAAGUUGAUCAAUAAAAUUCUAAAAAUGUCA